CGUCACGGUGACGUCCUGUGUUCAACUCCGCUCUUGACGUAGAAGUGCGCGCUAUGUCGAUGAAUUCGGAGUUUCGAAGUUGACGUUGGCGUAGGUUUUGAGGAAAUUAUCUGAAAAACCAAUGUAAACUUGUAAACGAUGAGGCAAAAAACAUUUAUCACCAGCGCUGCUAAAUACAAUGCGGUUGUCGAUCACGGGGUAACUAAAAUGUAUAUUAGCCUACAUGAGAUGUCCAAUAACAGUGUCUAAUAUUUCAGAAGUGAAUAACAUCCGUUCGUUGCCGUAUAUGAAUGUGAUGAAAAACUACAUGGAAAAAGGUGGGGACUCACUAUAGCGUGGUUCUUUUACCUUAGGUUUGCAAGCCUGUGUGUGGACAUCUCUACUUACAUGGUAAAACUGGUAAAAAAAAAAAAAGUGUCUGUUGAAAUCACAACUUACACAAUUUACAAGGGGGCUGGGUCACUCGCUCCCAAGGGCGCCACGCCCAUUGAAGGUUCUGUGGUAUGCGACCGUCCACCUUUUAUUUAUUCCGUGCAGAAAACGGGUGGAAAACGUCCCAAGUCGACAGUCAUGUUGCUGACAUAUUGGUGUCUGUCGUGCUUCGUGUUUGGUGUGUUUGGAUAUGACACAAAAGAAGUUUGUUACGGUCAUGACUUCCAUCUGCUCGGUCCUGCUGUUGGAAGGUUACUUAAUGAAAAGCUUUAUUUCAUGCCAAGAAGUGGAAAUGACAGGACAGUUGUGGUUGAAAAUGGGACGUCAAAAGAUCCCCGAUUCAAAAUAACACGGUUUACAAUUACGUUGAGAGAUGUGACUGACAAGGACGAUGGCAUGUUUUCUCUACUGUCUGGAAAAUCAGAAUUUGUAGACAUCAGCAGACUUAAAGUUUCAGAGUGUGCCGAGAAGGUGGAAAGGUGGUACGAUUCUUCCUUCCGCCGUACCCUUCACACUGAUUGGGCAUUUGUGGAGUUCUAUUCCGAUAAGACUCCUUAUGUCAAAGAAAUCCUGCUAAACCGCUCCGACCCUUCCACGCAUAAUACCGGCAGGAUGCACCUCCUAGAUGGAAAGUUGCAGAUCCUUCAUCUUGCUCAGCCAGACCAGGGAUACUACCAUAUCAGAUCAAAGGACAAGUUGCUGUCCCGGAUUAACCUCGUGAUACUCAUUUACAACAGACGAUCUGAAGCAAUCGAGGAGGAGGAAUACAGCUUCAUUUACCCAGCAGGGUUUAGGCCACAUUUUGUCAAUUUUACCACAGCUACCGGAGUCAAGUGGCUGAUGAUCGAUGGCAAGUGGCAGGAAGAGAUACUUUACAGCAAAAGGAUACAACCCCGAGAUGAUGCCUUGGUAAUAUCUUCGGUGGAAAUGGCUGACUAUGGCUACUAUGGGUUUUAUGACCAAAAACAAAAUCUGGUCCUUUUCGUGAAGCUGACUGUAUUGGAAGCACAGGUCCCAGUGCACCUCUUGAUUUACAUCUCAGUCGCAGUUCUGCUUAUGGUGUCAUGCUGCGCCUGCUACUGUGUGAGGAGACGCUGUCAAAAUAGGAAAAUUUAUCGAAGAAAUGCGGCUGCACUCGCUACUGCUGCUGCGUCUGGUGGCUACAGCGCUCCAAAUCAACAGGGACCUGUCAUCUACUCUGCUGCGCCGGCACCUGUUCCCUCUGCCAGUAACGCCCACAAGCCAUCAGGUUCAAGUCAUUCAGGUGUGCCUGCGGUUGCGUCAAACUCCGGUCCGCCUUUGUCCAGUGCGGUACAGCAACAUGAGGACCCUCCAGUCUACAGCUGUGGAUCAGAUUUUCUUGCCACGGAUCCUGCGCCGAAGUUUGAGACUGAGGGCAUGUCUUUUCCCUCUGCCACUCCGCUCAACUCGGGAACCGUUUACACUUCAGACAAGCUCAACUUUCUGUGAAAAUGGCAUCACCAUAGCCUCCUCCAUGCCUUGCUCAAGCUUUACUCAUGACUCGUGUAAUCGUUAACUCAGUCAUAAAUAUCUUCUUUCCAUGCAUGGUUAGAGAAUCUUUUAGUCAUUUAAGAACAAGUGAAACCAUAUACAGUAGCACUUACAGGAAAUUAACCAGCAAUGCUGCAACAUGUUUUUAUAUUUUUACUUUUUUAUAUUAUUCACGUUUCUCCACUCCAGUUAAUGUCUUCUGAAGACACAAUAAGGGAGAUAUUCACUGCCAAAAAGCUCUGCAAAAAUUCACUCAGGAUCUAUUCAGAUUUUAUAUUUUUGUAUGUUCUACUGAGUCUUUCAGUGUAUGUAUUAAAUGUAUUGUGUCGCUUAUAUUGUUUGUUAAAGCAAGCAUGAAUGGUGAUUUAAGUGCUUUUACGAUGGUGCGAGCAACGUAUCUUAGUUGUCCACCCAAGGUUUCUUUUUUAAAUGACAACAGCGUCUUGUUUACAUGUUCUCUAGCGCUUUUGUUUCAUUAUACUCAUGUGUAAUACAUUUUUUUAUUUUAUUCUUUUGUGGUGUCCUGUUAGUUUACCAUCGAGGUGGGCCAUCCUUUGGAAUGUAGUUUGGACUGCUCCUUCAUACUCCCAAAGAAUUACCUCACUGUAGUGUCAAACAUUUCUUAAGAUUAACAUUUGCUUACAGGGCUUAGCUCCAAGAUGCACCCUGCAGACGACAGCACUAUUUGAAUUGACUCAUAUUAGAUCCCAUAUGUAGCCCAAAGAACAAGAUGAUUUCAAUGCAGUGUUUCAGCGCAUUCUUUACCACUUCAUAUAGUUGUUUUUUGCUUUUUUAAAUGUGUUUUUUCUCUGAAUAAAGUCAUAUAUGGACUAUUGA